AUGUCUUGGACGACCCCCGUCUCCAUCGAGCGCGGCCACAACUUCUUCCAGGGCUGCCUCGCAGCUCACUGGCGUGGGGUCUCGGCCUGGAGCUACCAGUGCCCCGAGUGCUGGACUCCCUGCUACAGGGACAGGAUGAUCCCGGACACACAGCUGAGAGCCCUGGUGGAGAAAAUCACAGAGCCCCUGCGGGAAGAGAUGGAGCUGCAGGGGCCGGGGGCUCAGCCAGAGCCGGGGCGCCCGGUGCAGCUGGUGCAUCUGGACGAGGAAGGGGGCCCAACCUUGGACGAGGAGGCCCUGAGCCGCUGCCUGGAGCAGGAUGGGGCGGCUGAGGACGCAUCCUGGAUGGGCCGCGAGGACCAGGCCCUGGCGGGUUUUGAGUCUCGUGCCGGGAUGGUGACCGUGACGAGGGGGGUGUGGAUGUGGGACCAGCCCCUCUGGGUCGAGGACCAAGGGAGAAAGAUUUUUAACAUUUCCAGCACAUUUAAACGGACGGAGGUCGAUUAUUUGGAGGUGGGUGGGGCAGAGGAUAGACACAGCUCUACUGACACUGACCUGGCAGCCAUGUCCCUGCUGGGGAUAACCCAGAUAUUUGUUCAUGUUGCAAAGGAGGUUGGUGAGACCUGCGAUCUGCCCCCAAUUCAGCACCUGGACCUGUUGGUGCGAGAUUGGCAGCUCUCUGGAGCCUACGGCGUGGAUGGGGGACAGGCGUACCUCAGAGACAUCAGACGGGAAAUGAUCAGAGCCGGGCGUCAUGAACUGGAGGCUUCUGCUGAGCAGCCCCUGGUGUUGGGAGCCCUGAGGACAAGCAGCACCCGGUGCUACCUACUGCCCCAUCCUGGCUCUAGGUUCAUCAAGAGCAGGGCAGGGACACCAGGCGACAUGGACACGAUUUUCCAGCAGUACCUGUGUGGCUACGUCAGCACCAUGGUGGGCUCAGCAGGGACACACGUCCGGAUGGACCGAGCCAGGCAGGUGCUGACAGGGGCUCAGCUGGCUGCCAGGAUCAAGGGCGUCUACCAAUAUUUGAAGACCAGACGCUACGACUUCUCCUCCCCCAUGAAGAUGGCCGAGACAUUUGCAGCAAUGAGACAGGAGACAAACAGCAAAACAAUAGAAGACACCAGGAAGGAAUACGAACAAUUUGUGCAGGACCAGGACCGCGGCCACCAGAGCAUGAUCCCCUGCCUGAGAGUGAAGCCGGAGGAGAUGGAGCAACGGCUGCAGGGGAAAUGCAAGGAGCUGCUGGAGCGCUGCCGUGGGAAGCUGCUGGGUGAAGACCCCAAGAAAUGGGAUGCCCUGAAGAAGCUGGAGCAGGAGCUGGACAAGAAGACGGCCCAGUUCCUGACCGCCUACGAGCAACGCUUUAAAGAGAAGAAGGCCGUGCGGUUGGGCCUCGCCUGCGGGGGGGGCAUCCUCGCUGCUGUGGGUGUGGGUAUCGGGGCGGGUAUCGGUAUAGGUGUGGCUGCAGUCAUAGUAGCAGUGGGGGAAGCAGUAGCCAUUGGGGUCGGGGCAGGGGGCCUUGGCCUGAUCGGGGGAGCUGUUGGCAGCUGGGUUGGAGCCUUGAUAGGACAGAAGACAGCCCGGAAUACGACACGCACCAAUGCCCCCGGGCAGGGGGACGAGGCGGAAAGCAGGGCAGGGCAUUCAGAUCAGGAGCCCCUGCUGGGGGGUGACAGAUAG